AUGCGUGAACACCAGCAUAUGCAACACCAUCAGGCCGAAGGCAUCAGACAACUCUCUGAGUCUGCCGUUCGUACUGCCAGCAUCUCGACUUUCGCGGCAUCUGAGCUGAUCUCUCAAUCGACUCAUGCCGCCAUGCACGUUGCUAUCUGCUCAUUCACAGCUGGAGUUAUCUUAUCCCUGAUGAUCGCCUCAUGGCCCAACAGCUCAGAGUCAUCAAUUUGGCUUCUGUCACUGAAGAACAUUAUCAGCUUGUUCGAACAGUUUCCGAGUCAGAAUUAUCGACUAGCUACUCAGAGCUUGAAGCUACUGGAAGCGCUCAAAACCCGUGUCGACCCUGGGAUCACUGGAGAGUCGGGUGAUGAUAUUGGGUACAAUUUGUCCGAACAUACCUUUGGCUCUACUGAGAACGCAGCAGUGGCGGGAGAUUAUAACAACAUUACGAGUGCUGCAAGCAACAUUCUGGAGUUCAACUUUGGAGAUUUAGGCUUUUCAUCGAAUACUGGUGGCCCCCUUGAUGACGUUGGGCAGCUAUGGUUGUGGGACGAUCUUUCAAAUGAGAACUGGAUGUCGAAUUUUGAAUAG